AAAAGCAACCGCUCUUGCUCUUCGUCACAGAGUCAGCCUGGAGCUUUUGGUGUGUGUGUGUGUGCACGCACGGAAGGGGGACGCUCUUCCCUCUCCUACCUCAGGAGGGAGGACUCAGACUGGGCGGUUGUCUAAGAGAGCGGCUAGUCGGGUUCGGAGAUGUCCGGACCUCCCUAAGGGCCUUGGCACAAACUUUUCUCAAACUUUUCUCCACAGCCACAGUCAGAGCUGGGCUUUCUCUGCCUCCCCACCACCACCACAGACCCUGCUUUGAACACAGACAGACCAGAGGAAAAGAAGAAAAGAGAGGGGAGGAAAAAUUCCAAACAACUGAAAAGUUGGAGCAGACGGUUGCCAGAUCCAGCUGUGACGUGGGGCUGUCUGAGGCUCUGUCUGCUCUGAUCGCUCACUGGCUCGCUGGGGGGGACAACUCUUGUCCAACUCUUCUCCCUCCUUUGAAACAUGGCAGUCUGUCUGUAGCACCUCCAACAGGUGCGACUGCCCAGUAGCGCCUGAGCCAGCGAGAGGAGCACCAUGUGGAGAACCGGAUUUUCCAUCACGUGCCUCUUGGCCAUUUUCUGUAGAGGAGAGAAGCUGCUAACUCCUCAGGAAGGAGAGAAAUGCCCACAGAUGCAGAAGGAGGGUCUCCGGCUAGACCAGAGCAGUGAGGAAUAUGUAAAUAUAACUGGAUUUAAUCUAAUUAAAAGGUUUGCUCUCCUGAAGACAUCAGCCGUUAAGAAAAUUCGAAACACCCGAGGCCCAAUGAUCCUGAGACUGGGAAGCACCCCUCUGGUUCGCCCCACAAAACAGCUGUUCCCCCAUGGCUUGCCGGAGGAGUUCACCAUGGUGAUCACCCUCCUCCUGAAGAAACAGACCACCAAAGAGAAUUGGUACCUCUUCCAAGUGACUGAUCGCCAAGGAUACCCUCAGCUCUUCCUGGGGAUCAACAGCAAAGAGCGAAGUCUCGAGUUUCAGGCCAAGGGUCAGGAUGGGGACUUUGUCAGUGCCAUCUUCACCGGCAAAGGGGUGGCCUCGCUUUUCGACUUGAAGUGGCACAAGAUGGUGCUCAGCGUCCAAAGCCAGGUGAUUUCGGUCCACAUUGACUGCAGCUACAUCUCUUCGAAGCCACUGCAGCUCCGGAAGCCUUUGGUCACCGAAGGCAACGCCUUCAUAGGUCUGGAUGCUGUGAAUGGCGCUCCUGUCUGGUUUGAUAUUCAGCAGCUGCACAUUUACUGCGACCCAGCCAUGGCCAUGCAUGAAGGAUGCUGCGAGAUCUCUGAUAACGGGUGCUUUCCUGAGGCUUCCAAAAUGCGCCGGGAUGUGGAAAUUAUGCAAAGCAACGACUUGAUAGAAAUCAACCCCCAGACGGAAGGCAAAGUCUACACCCGUUGCUUCUGCCUGGAGGAGACCCAAAGCAAGCAGGAGGAACUGACAGCUUCUGGGAAGGAUGGUGUGAGGGGUGAUCAAGGGAAAACGUGCCCCCCUUGUCCACAGAGGUCACUGCACACGAACGCCUCGUUGGGAUCUCCAGGAAUGAAGGGUGGAAAAGGCGAACGUGGACCUCCGGGGACCCAUGGCUUCAAAGGAGAGAAAGGCGAUCGUGGUGCCGACUGUGUCCGCAUCUCACCUGAAGCACCCCUCCAGUGUGCUGAAGGGCCAAGAGGGGAGAAGGGAGAGCGAGGAGAAAAGGGACCUUCAGGAUUGGCUGGCAGCGUUGGACAAAAGGGUCAGAAGGGUGAGAAAGGAGACUUUGGGAUUCAAGGAAAACCCGGAUCGCCAGGGCGUGACGGCCGUCCUGGAGAGAUCUGUGUGAUGGGACCCAAAGGCCAAAAGGGCGAUCCAGGAUUUGUUGGCCCCGAGGGACUAGCAGGGGAACCAGGGCCACCUGGGAAGCCAGGACCGCCUGGAAUUGGCCUUCCGGGACAACCGGGUGAUCCUGGUGGCCCUCCAGGUCCAAAAGGAGAAAAGGGGGGCUCAGGACCACCAGGGCCCGGCGGUUCAACUGGGAAGCCAGGGGACCCUGGCAUCAAUGGAAUUAAAGGAGAGAAGGGUGAGCCAUGUCUGUCGUGCAGUCCAGCAGCUCUCACGUCUUAUUCACAACUGUUUUCUGGGCAAGGAGGACCCGAAGGAGAUGCUGGAACCUCCAGAGUUGGCCUACCUGGUCUUCCUGGCAAGGCUGGUCCCCCAGGAUUGUCAGGACUCAAAGGAGAAAAGGGAGACACUGGAGCUGUAGGACCCACAGGCAAACCUGGCGGCCGUGGGGACAAAGGAGAGACUGGUGAUUCUGGACUCAAAGGCGAGAAGGGCGAACCUUGCACAGAGUGUUCGUCUGCCUUUCUGGAAGGUGAGAAACCCAUUAUUGCUGUGCCGGGCCCUCCAGGAGAAAAAGGUGAACCAGGCGCUCCAGGCAUUGGGCUUACAGGAAAACCGGGGGAAGCUGGAGAAUCUGGAAUGAAAGGACAGAAGGGUGAUGCAGGAAACCCAGGUGAUCCUGGAACUCCAGGCACAGCAGGUAUGCCUGGUCUUGCUGGCGAGCCUGGAGUCAGAGGUCCAGUGGGGCCCAAAGGUGAAAAGGGUGAGGCAUGUGAUUCCUGCCCUCCCUUCCCUGGAGAUCUUUCCGGUGCAGUCGGCAUCCCAGGAAAACCUGGCCUCAAGGGAGACCGUGGACCUCCUGGCGUGGGACAAGCCGGCAAACCUGGAAAACCAGGACUUCCUGGAAUUCAGGGGCCCCCUGGCUUGAAGGGGCUACAAGGGGAGCCCGGUCCCCCUGGGAGAGGAAUCCAAGGCCCAAAAGGAGAAUCAGGAGAAAAAGGGCCGCCUGGUAAUCCUGGACCACCAGGACCACGUGGCCCCUCCGGAAAUCCUGGAGAGCGAGGUGCCAAAGGCUCCUCAGGAGUUAAAGGUGCAACAGGCGCUCCCGGGGCCCCGGGGGCCAGCAUCCCUGGUCUAACGGGCCCGGAAGGGAAGCAGGGUCCCCCAGGAACUCCUGGUUCCAGUGGUGUAAAGGGUGAAAAGGGAGCCAGAGGUGAGAAGGGGGAUUCUGGCGAAUGCACUUGCCAGCCUGGCUCUCGUGUGGACUCCGGCUUUGUCGGCCUGCCGGGUGCCCCAGGACUGUGGAUCGGGACCUCCCUGCAGCCUCAGCCGGGCCCUCAGGGACCACCAGGUGCUCCAGGACCUCCGGGACCUCCAGGAGCCCCUGGGAGGCAGGGCAUCCCAGGACACAAUGGUUUGCCAGGACUGCCUGGGCCGGCAGGAGAUUGGGGUCCACUGGCAGCUGAGAGCAUCGAUGUCCUCAAGAACAUCUGCGGAGACUGUGCUUUCCUGCAGUCCUACCAAGUCCCUGAUGGCGUGAAAGGACAGAAAGGAGACCAAGGGAUGCCUGGAGCCCCUGGCAUUGAGAACUGUGCCCGGUGCUUUGCCCAGUUCCCCAGAGCAGAAGAAGCGCGGGGUGACAAUGAAGAGGAUUGCGCUGGAGGUCCUGGCCAUCCUGGAGUUCCGGGCUUACCUGGAGAAAGAGGAGAGCAGGGACCCCCAGGCUUACGAGGCCCCCCAGGCCCACCUGGACCAAGUGGCCUUCCAGGUUUUCCUGGAACAACUGGAGCACCUGGAUUACCUGGUCUCCAAGGGGAACGUGGACCUGCUGGAUCUAUGGGAUCUAAGGGAGAACAGGGUCCCCCAGGACAGCCUGGAUAUCCUGGAGCGAUGGGUCCCCCCGGGCUACCUGGCGCUAAAGGGGAGCGAGGAUAUGCAGGCCCCCCUGGAGAGAAAGGAGAAUCAGGUCCUCCUGGUUUGGAUGGUCCUGCAGGCCCCGUGGGACCCCCGGGUCCGAGAGGAGAGCGAGGGUCACCUGGCAGUGCUGGAGAAAAAGGCGAUUCGGGAUUCCAAGGCCAGCCUGGUUUCCCUGGACCACCUGGACCACCGGGCUUUCCAGGAAAAGCAGGAUCACCUGGGCCCCCGGGGCCUCAAGCGGAAAAGGGCAGUGAGGGCAUGCGUGGACCUCCUGGGAUGACCGGCCCACCAGGGCCUCCAGGACCUCCUGGGAUCCAGGGUCCACCUGGUUUGGAAGGACUCGAUGGAAAAGAUGGAAAACCAGGACUGCGGGGUGACCCUGGAACUGCAGGACCACCAGGAAGGAUGGGACCUCCAGGAUUCAAAGGGAAGACAGGUCACCCAGGCCUCCCUGGACAAAAGGGUGACUGUGGUAAUCCAGGAUCACCAGGGAGCCCUGGAAGAAUUGGACCCGAGGGAGAACCCGGACCUAUGGGACCUCAAGGCCGACCUGGUCCUCCUGGCCAUGUU